GGUGUACGUCUUUUGGUUGGUUUGGACUAUGCUCAGUGUGUCUGUGUGUAGCGUUAGUGCCUUCUGCCUAUCUAUGCGUGCGUCCGAGAGUCAGCAGUGAUCGUGAGAAAUCGUCCCUACCAGUGUGAGUCUGGCUCCGGCCUGUGAUGGACGCACGUCGCGCACCCAUGUGACGUACUCGCAACGUGCAAAGUUUUCUAUAGGCUAAGAAGGUAAAAAACAGUAGACGGAACUACAACAACAAGCUGAUUUCGAUAUGCGAGUGAAUUGCUAGUAGAUAGCGUCACAAGGUCGGCGAGAUGUUUUUCUAGUAUGAUUUAAUUGAUUGAUUAAUGAAUGAUUGAUUGACAAGAUAAAUUUGUUGUGCUGUUCUUAUAUGAAACAGUGAGAUUACUGUAACUGCAUAACAACACCAACAAAAGCAACAACAGCGACAAAUUGUGGCAAAGUUUUUAAGGACGAGCUUAGGAAAGGUGUACACUUAAGCACACGACAAAGCUAGGACUGCAAUCAUAACGACGAAGACAAAAAUAGCAGUCAUAGUAACUCGAAAUAUUGGUAUCUGCUGCAGUAAAAUAGUAAAAAACAAAUGGGCAAGUGAUAUUUUGUUACGCCGCUGUUCGAAAGAGACAAAAAAUAAGGUCAAUUUUUGCUCAGAAGACAACGAGGCAAGCGGAAAAGGAAUCGGAAUAACACGGCAGACGGCACUGUAACCAAGGGACUGGAAAGCUAUGUCGUCUCUCUCAUGAGCUGCGUAUCAUUGUUUACCGUGUUAAUGGCGGAAAACUUGUACAACGAUUAGUGAUGUUAUUAUGCUCAUGAUUUGAUGGUGGUGGUGGUGAUGAUGAUUACGGCGACGCAAUUACGCAGCAAAAACAUGAAAAGUUCGUAAGAUUUCUAAACGUUCAUUACAUAUGGAUGCCUUAACAGGCCGUCGCCCACUGGCGGUGAUGGCGUCGUCAUUUCAGUGGAUGCAGCCGUCGAACUCCUGGCGUCCGUGAUAAGGGCUCGCUCUUCACUCCGCGUGGGGUCAGUGAGAAAGGAGAGAAUUCGAAACGAAGCUGGGUGAAGUCGAAGUGUGACGUGUCGCGAAAUGCUGAUGUGAAAGUGAUUAAAUAGAAUAGAGUUCCGCCACUAAGGUUUGAUUUUAAUCAACUGUUUGAUUAGGCCAUAUAUUGUGUGCCUAAAGACAUACGCCGUGCCUGACUUUAUCAUAUAGAACAAGCUAAUAAUUUGUACAGAUGCGGUAGUUAAUUGCCGCUGAGUGCAAAGCAAAACACCGAACCCGGAAUCACAGCAAGAACAGGCGUAACAUUAAUGAGGGCUCGACCCGCUCUGCUUUUCGGUAGGAAAUUUAACUAGCACAGACAUUUUUAUUUAACCAACAAGUUAGUGCCGUUAAUGUUAAGUAAACAGCGCUAAGAUCACAAACGUUAAACGAAAAAAGAAUACUCUCGUGAAAAAAGGGUCUAUAGAAAACGGUUGGUUUUCUAUAAUAAUACCAGGUUACUUACGCUAACAAGAGCAGCGUCCAUAACUAAAAAGUCGUGUUAACUACACUACAAAUUACAGGCGUGUUCGUUAGUGAAACCCAUAAGCGACGUUUAUGGGAAAGAUCGGCGUACAAGCUAUUAACUAGGGACAUUGACCUACUGUUGUUACUGUUGUAGUACGAUAUGAUCUGACAAGGUGUGAACAGUGAGCCUGACCUCGAUUUGAAGGAGAGCCAUCAGCUUGUAUCAGUUGUGCUCAAAAGCUUUUCACGGCACGCACCUCACGCACGUACAACUCGUCGUAAAAGCCCUAAACACGUCGAUUCAUACUACCACAAGACACCUACCCCACAAGAAGACGAGAUUGAACCGACGCCGCUUGUGGAUUGAAGCCAAGAUCUAACAGGCGUUUCUACAUGAACAUGGUGAUGUUCCAGCGGCGGACUGCUAGUGAGGGCGCCAUCGUCGCUUCCCCCGUUAUUGUGCCAUGGCGCACUCGCGACUUCUGCCGCCGCGUCAACGCCGCCGUUCAUCCAAUAGCAGCUGUCUACCGUCGCCGUCGCAUGUUGACACAAUUGUCUCAGCUAAAACCUGCCGCUGCUACUCCUGCCGGCACGACAUUGCACAGGGUUACCGUCUGCGUCAUCAACGUGAGAAGGCCAUCGUUUUUUCCGCUGCCACCGCCGACGUUCGUUUCGUCACUGCAAAAGUUGUUUACAACAAAGAAAUCCACAGCUGCCGCCGUCAACUCGACAAUAAAACGCGCUCCCCAAAUCAAGCAAAAUCUCAGCUCAGCAACAGGAUCUCUUGCAGAUAUCACAAGAACAGCCACCGGUACCAAAUCGUUUACCUUCCGCUGUGCAGCCUCUGCCAGCAACAUAGUGUCCCGUGUCAGUCAUCAGCUUCGUCAGUGUCAUCUUCAGCAACAACAAUCACAACAGAGUCUUCGGGCAUUUUGUCGCCGUUUGUCUUGCACUCCCCCUCUGAGUCAUCAGCACCACCGCCUUGUUCAACAUCUAAAGCGUCAGAAUCGAAACCUUUUUGUUUUAAGUGGUCUUCUUGUUUCGCUUCCUCCACAUCAGCAGCAGCAACAACAGCAACAAAAGCCUCUUCAUCACUUAGUUCGUGGUCGUGUUCUUUUUUGUCGUCACGUUCCUACUGUUCUUCAGCUCUUUAUGGCCGCCCCUGCGGUUCUCGCCGCCACCGCCGCCGAGCCCCGCCGAUGCCCCAGUCCCUUGUGCCCAUGGGCUGCCUGAGCAGAAGUAACAGCCGCCGCAGCAUCAGCACUCGGCUCGCUCCGCAGCAACCCGCCAUUGCCAUCGCCGCCGUCCAGCUGUUACUGUCAUCCGCACGCGAGUACCGCGACUCCUCCACUCUCGACGCGACAAAAAAAGCAACAAUAACAACUACAACAAGACUAGAAAAAGCUACAACAACGAGAAACAACAACGUUAGCUAUAAUAUUAAGCACAGGACCAAGAAAAGCAAGAAAAUCCGCAACACGAGCAACGGAAUUCUAACCAGGAUUAGCAACCAAAGCAGCAACGUGGAAAUCGGGUCUUCCAUUGAUUCCACAUUGACGAUUGGGGAUUUGCCCGAUUUGUGUGAUUGCGUGUUUGUAGAAACGACAGCACCAAAAAAAGUUUUUUCGUCGAUUGCUGGAAGAUUGCAGCGGCAGAAAGAACAGUUAGCACAGUGUGAGAAUCGUCCUUACGGCACUCGCCUGGAGGAUCUUCACCGAAACGAUAUACGCUGCUCCACCCAAUUGUAUGCUUACACAACAGGGCGAAUAGUUUACGGGCGAAGACGAAUCAACCGAAGCGAUUUUCAAGCUCCUAGUGGUUCUGCCCCCUGUUCUCUUUUUUCAGUUUACUCAGAGCAGCAGUAUCAACUUAAGCAGAGCAGUUUCAAUUCACUAAAUCAUCCGAAGUCAACAUCGGUCGUUUCACUGCUCGGCGUCUGCGAUCGGCCUGACGCAAAAGUUGCGUUACAUAGUCUGGAUCACACGCGUCAAUCUUUAACAUAUACGACCGCUCAACGGUUUCGGCUCACGAGGACGAAGUUAAGUAAUCAGGGUAUCAGCAGCGGCAGUGAAAGCAGUUGCGUGUACGGCUACUGUUGUUCAAGUGCGGGACGGUUGCCAACGAAGGAGUCUGCAGGAACGCUAAUUCGUUCAAGCCAGACUAGGAGUCCAAUUUCGGGGUUGUCGUACACUGAACAAGUCUUACGGACUGAUCGAGGACAGGCGAAACAUGGCCGACUUAACAAGCGUGGCCGAAAGCGGCUUGGAUGGGGUCCUUAUGGGCGCCACAGGAUUACCUGUGGUUACAGCAGACAGGCUGUUCUGCGACGGCGUACCAUGGGAAAAACUCCGAAAGUGGCCUGCUUUAGCGACUCUUCUGGUUCUUGUCGUGAUCAACUUUGUGGUAAUCUUCGGUAACUUGCUAAUCAUCGCCGCGGUGCUGGCGUCCAACAAGCUGCGGACUGUGACGAAUUACUUCGUCAUCUCGCUGGCGGUCGCCGACCUGCUCGUGGGGCUCACCGUGAUGCCCUACUCCAUCACGCUAGAGGUAUUUCAGGCGUGGCCAUUUGGCAGCCACUUCUGCAAGAUCUGGCUUGCGGUCGACGUGUGGCUGUGCACUUCGUCAAUCCUCAAUUUGUGCGCCAUCUCCGUCGAUCGCUACCUCGCUAUAACGCGCCCUAUUAGGUAUAGGUCGCUGAUGUCAUCGAAGAGAGCCCAUUUGUUGAUCGUCUUAGUGUGGGUGACUGCCUUCCUCAUCUGCUUCCCGCCCCUUGUUGGUUGGAACGACCUCGAUGACACUUCAGCUGGAGCUAUCGUCGACGGUAAAAAGUCAACGACUACGAUACCUUCGGGCUCACCAGCCGGAGGCGAAGAAUCCGACGGGGACUCGUUGAGUGGCGAUUUCGCCACGCAAGGGGUGCUCCUAAACGAGACCGGUGCCAUCGACCAUUGCAAGUACCCGGGCUGUAAACUCGUCAACAACUUCGGCUAUGUCGUAUAUUCCGCCAUGGGAUCGUUCUAUAUUCCUAUGUUUUUUAUGCUAUUCUUCAACUAUCGAAUAUACGUGUCGGCGAUUCGGACUGGUCAAGCACUUGAGCGCGGCUUUAUUAUGGCCAAGAACAAAGGUGGAGCAUCCAGUUCUAAUCAGAUGCAACAAAUGACCCUGCGUGUUCACCGAGGCAACGCUAAGUCGUCCAUCGCCACCAAUCAGGCCUCGGUUUCAGAGACCUGUAUAGUCGAUGGCAUUGUAACUGGGCGUAGACGGCAAGGAGCAAAGAAUUCGCUAGUUCCAGAAACCAGGUCGGCGCCACCUUCGUUUAAGGGGAACGCCGACCUUAAGGGUAGCGGCAGCAAAAGAAGGAGCAGUUCGGCGAAGACGAAUGGUCAACAGCCUACUGAGAAAGAAAAUAGCCACCAAAGGAAAACAAGUUCGUCGAACAAGAAGAGCCUGCGCUGGCAGGCCAGGAGGUUUCGUACUGAAGCCAAGGCCACUAAGACAGUGGGCAGCAUCGUAGGGGCCUUUAUCUGUUGCUGGCUGCCUUUCUUCACUGUAUACCUUGUUAAAGCCUUCUGUGAAACUUGUAUACAUGACAUUGUCUUCGGCGUUUUCUUCUGGCUAGGUUAUCUGAAUUCUGCGUUAAAUCCCCUCAUCUACGCGCUUGUAUCAAAGGAUUUCCGCCACGCAUUUAAGAAGAUCCUGUGCCGCUGUUGCCUCAAACGAGGCGGCAUCAGCAGUCUCAUUAAGCAGGUCCACCAGCUGACGGUCCUCGACGAUGUGGUCAAUACUGACGAAGACGUCCUUCCAUCUGCUGCCCAACCAUCGCCGUAGUAGUUGCGCUUCCUGUGGAAAACGAAUAAAAGAUACACACACCACACUAAAAGAAACAACUUCGAGCCGGUGUUAAGAAGUGUCAAUGAACGGUUCUUUAUGGACGGAAGACGACUCACCAUCAUCUAACUAAUAGCCAACUUCAAAUAGUUUAAGCCAAUCGUUUAUCUCAAGCGACAAAGCAAGCGAAUGGCAAAACUUCAUCUCUGCCAAAUAUGAGACAGGACGACCAUCUUUACUGUUAACUUCUAGGUCAAUUCAUACCCCGCAGUGUUUAGUCCACCAAACUCAUGUCCACCCAUACGGUUCAAUCAAGUAGCUUAUACAAUUAAUCGACGCGCAUAUAAGAAGCUCUAACAAAUCUUGCUAGAUGCCAAGAUACAGCUUUGCGUUUCUCAAUCGCUUAUGCAUGAACCCCUAUAUAACCAAAUUACUCGAGUAGUUUAUAAAUUAUGCUGUCCAUGUUGUCUGCUGACGCCUAGCAUUCGCGCAUGACAAAUAAUACUGCUUUCUCACAAUGGCGCCAACCUGAUGCUAGGGUUCAAUUCUCCACAUCGGCCCUCAGGUACUAGGCCUGGAGUACGGCCUACAGAAAAAAACCAAUUGUAAGAUGAACACUGAACAUUCAACAGCGUUAACAUUAAAAAGAGGGAGCGAUAGCUUGAGACUAAAUGGGUUUAAUUUUUCCCACCAUCCUACUAAGCUUCAACCAACAAGAACAAUGUAUAAUUACAUUUGCUCUUCCCCGAUGCUGUUUCGCCAAAAAUAAAACGUAGGGUUCAGCAUCCUCGUCACAACACCAUGAUCAAAGCCAUUUCUACCCAGGGGCAUCCUUUGACUUGAACAACGUGUUUAAGUUAAACUUAUUUACAACCAGUCACACAACCAUGAAUCAUUGGACCGGAUCAGCAGCCAGUACGGUUGUUCAUAACUUAACACCUCAAUUGUACCGCUAUCGACGCGUAUCGCAGGUGGAAACCUGAGCUGCUUUUGCCAUCGUAACAAAACUGACCAAGCUGCUAAUCAGGCUAGAGCUCGCACACCCUAAAUUAAAGGUCUUCUUAAAAUGCACGUGUGCUUUGUACAUGCUCCAUCGAGAAGUUAAUGCUUACGCAAGGCUCUGCCUGUUCGUACUAGCCUGUAGUGCCUGGAUCGUGACUUAGAUCGAAACCGUGUAUAAGUUUAAGUGGUGGUUCUCUUGUAGUAUUCGUCUUAGUGAAAUAUAGGUUCUACUAGCGAUAACUGUGAUAGUAGCCAAUGAUAACAUGCAUCGUACUUUCCUUGACCCCGUACCCCAUUAGCUGCUUUCGUGUUUCGUGUCCCCACGGCGGAGGUUAGAGUCUUCUCUCGACACAUGGACAGUAAAAUUAUCAGCUGGGACAGGAAAAAAAACACAUUCAAACUGAUCAGUCAAUAGGAUUAUUAACGCAACACAAACAGUAAUAAUAACACAACACAGCGUAGAGUAUCAAGAACGGAUAGGUGUGCGCACGUAUGUGUACACCGAGUUUUGUUGACGUCAACAACGUAAAACGUAACUGGUGAAUUAUUGCGUGCAGCUUCAUGCAGUGACGUACCGUGACCCGCUACGUUGAAUCGGUCACAGCACUAACACCAAGUAACCGGUAAUGAUUUUAAAAAAAAAAAAGGAAAACAUUGUUCGAUCGAUUCAAUGGCUGGGUUUCGUACCGCGUGUACCGUUAUUUCAGCAUACGUUCUAUUAGGAUGUAUGUAACAGCUAAUCUGGUAGAUGGCAGGCAAACCAGUGGGAUAUUUUUAUAGCACAGAACUGGGUCAGAUGAUUACGACCGUCUAUGAAUGCUUGCAUCUUCCAAUCGUGCGUGUCGCUCCGUGCCGUUUGUUGGGCCGCUGACGUAUCGCUUGUACGCUUAUAGGAAAAGGUGCAGAUGGUAGAUCGGCGCUGACGAACCAUCACACUAUGAUCACCUUACAAAUCGAUUUCAGUCCUCAUCGUUCACUGUUUUGUAUGGAAUAGUGAGUAAAUGAAAUAACAGUAGAAUGAACUCAUUUCAUAGGGUAGAUCCAAAUGAAUAUGGUACAGCCAUACAGGCGGUAAUACAUGUUAUAUAGGUAGAGAUAAACGAGAUUAUCGUAGUGUACGCAUGCGCAUUAAUGUUCCAUAGCGAAAUGCAGGAACAACACGGAAAGAAUAAGGAGGACAAAAUGACUAUAAAAGAUAGGAAUUACAAGGCGUAAUCGCCAGCGCCGGUCUUGCUUGCUUUAUUAUCUUCACAUGAGAUAGCUGCUGAAGAAAACAAAGAAGUGCGCGGACAGCCGCGGCAAAAGGAGAGUCAACAAUGUAUCUCUCAGCAAAGAGACAGGAAAACGACAGAGACUAUGGUUCAACAUACAUAUAGCUACUACAUGAAACAGUAUCAACUAUCGUGAGUAAUAAAUAAUGCUAAAGUCGGCACUAUGUGGAGAUGGCACCAGGAACACAACCUGCACAGUUAAUUAAGGCAGUGAAAAAUUCCAGGAUUUUUUUUGGUGCGGGUCUAAUGGAUAGGCUGCAUAUCUCGCUCCCAUGCGCUGCUUGGGCAAAGCUUACAGCUUUUUGUACAUUUGGCGUGCACGCAUCCGUGCGUCUAACAACUUGAAUUAGAUUGGCUACGGCAGCUGAAACCGCAUGGUGAUUUCAAGAGCGAGUCAGAAACGACGGGUGGAGGAUUGACUCUCUCUUCUGAUCGGCCCGACCGCGUUUAUUGCUUCAUCAGCCAUGCUAGGCCUCGGCCUAUUACAGUAGGUCCCACAUGCGAAUGCAAUCUAUCGUACUGCGGAACUCUCUGGAGACACCGUUGACUUGCAGCUGUCUAAAAAGUCCA